UCGCCGUCGAUUUUUCCACGGAAAGUGCUUGUGGAUACCGUAAUUUGGCGUGUGUUUUCGAUUUAAGAUAGUAUUUUUCCAGUGCAAGAAUGUCCAGAUUCUUCGUUCUAUAACCAAGUUCGACCGGAAUCUCUUAUCGCCAGUCAAUUACUGCUUCAACUCGCGCGAUAAUUCAGAAGUCAGGAGAACAUUUCUUUCGCGCGAUAGUAUUUUUCUUUCCCAGAGGACUGAGGAAUCUCGAGAAGAUCUUCUGUCUCUGUACCAACUAUCAGGUUAAUUUGCACUGCUCAUGGGAGUUGUGACUGUUUCUAGCUCUGCUGCACGAAGUCCAUUGGGAUUGAAUGCAAAAUUGGCAACACGCAUAUCUCAGCCCAGAAGACCAUCACUAGUGUCAUUCAAAAAUGGUAAAACAAAAAAUGCUGCUUUGGUUGCCCCUAGGGAAUCUCUUUCUUUACCUGUCGAGGGAUCUAACGUAAACGAGAAGAGAUUAAAGCGAGUGGUAAAGCGUCCUGAAAGAGUAAAGGCCGUCUCUGCUCAGGAAGCCGCUUCAAGUACCUUAGAACUAGACUACAAUGAGGCUGCUGCCAGGCUUGAAAAUAUCUAUAAGCUCAGUCCGGCAACUAAAGUUUCAGAUAUGGAAGUUAAAGACCUCGGCAUGAAAAGAGACCAACAGAGAAGAAAGAGGAUGAAAGAAGCCAAUGUGGAGACAGAGAAGGGAGCUAAUUACACCGUGGUAAGAAGUCUGAGGAAGAAGUCAAAAAGAUUGAGUCUCGAUAAAAGAGUUGCUAUGAGAAAGAAAAGAGAUAGUGAAGCGAUUACUUCAUCCCAGCAAAGAAAAUCGAGUGAGGAUGAUGAAGAUGAAAAAAUCAAUAGAAAAUCAAGUGAGGAUGAUGAAGAUGAAAAAAUCAAUAGACUUUUAAGAGAAUAUUCGGGUUCUACUGAAUUUACUAGCUUAGACUGGAAGAAGAUGAAGAUUCCGCCAGUUCUUCCUUCUUCUGAGCACUCGUGGCUUUUCAAAUUGAUGCAACCAAUGAAGGCAAUUAUUCAAGUGAAAGAGAACUUGCCAAAUGAUCUGGGAAGAGAACCAACCGAUGGUGAAUUAGCUGAGGCAACAAACUUGGACGUUCUUCGUCUGAGGAAAGACAUCAAAGUUGGUCAAGCGGCAAGAAACAAAUUGAUUAAGCAUAACCUCCGCCUCGUCUUGUUUGUAAUGAACAAAUAUUUUCAAGACUUUGCGAAUGGGCCUAAAUUCCAAGACCUCUGUCAGGCAGGAGUAAAGGGACUUAUCACGGCUAUCGACCGCUUUGAACCGAAACGAAAGUUCCGCCUUUCAACGUAUGGCCUCUUUUGGAUCAGACAUGCCAUCAUUCGUUCAAUGACACUUUCAAGCUUCACCAAGGUUUCCUUUGGUCUUGAUUCGGUCAGAAUAGAAAUACAAAGGGCCAAGUUGGAAUUGUUGUUUGAGCUUCAGAGAAUGCCAACAGAUGACGAAAUAAUAGAAAGGGUUGGAAUUUCCCCUGAAAGAUACCAUGAAGUGAUGAGGGUGUCCAAACCUAUAUUGUCGCUCCAUGCAAGGCAUUCAACAACUCAGGAAGAGUUCAUCAAUGGGAUUACGGAUGUUGAUGGUGUUGAAGGAGAAAAGCGGAGGCAACCUGCUCUUCUCAGGCUUGCUCUUGAUGAUGUGCUUGAUUCUUUGAAGCCUAAGGAGAGUUUAGUAAUCAGACAGAGAUAUGGACUUGAUGGUAAAGGUGAUCGAACACUGGGGGAGAUUGCAGGAAACUUGAAUAUCUCCAGAGAAAUGGUUCGGAAGCAUGAAGUAAAGGCUCUCAUGAAGCUCAAGCAUCCAGCUCGAGUGGAUUAUCUUCGCCGUUACGUUUACUAGAAGAACACCUCCAUCCAUCUACGCAGAGACUGCUCCACGUCGUUGCAGUCUUCCAUUGUAGCCGUAUACUACUAAUUGUUGUACACUAGACACUUGUAUCAUAGUCACAAAAAUUUCUUAUUUUCUUUCUGGUGGCAUAUAUUUCUUUGUUCUCAUUUUCUUUUCUCUUCAUACUUUUAGAUUAUAUGUAAAGAAGUAAUUGGACAAAGGCUACGCUAAUUCUGUUACAUUCCUUCGGGGAUUGAUGCUCAAAGAUAGGAAGAAUGGUGCAUUUUUAUCGUA